AUGUAUCGCUUUGGAGUUACCUUUGGUUUGGCCCUUCUGUGCGGAAGGGUGUUUGCUGCUUUUGGCCUGGAAGAGUCAAACUCCACGUACAAAGUCGAUACCGAUGGCGGACUCAUCUUCGAAGUGGACCGAUCAAACGGUGACAUCGUCAGCCUUCUUUUCAAUGACGUCCAGUACCAGGGGACGACGAAGAUGUCCCAGAUCAACUCCGGCUUGGGCUCAUCGACCGUCACAGCCGAGACUGUAAACGGCAUCGUCAAGAUCACCGUGCAGGCCGGGUCGCAGCCUCUGACGCACUACUAUGUGGCGAAACCCAAAGACCCGACAAUUUACAUGGCGACUCACAUCACCGGCGAGAUCAAGCCCGGGGAGCUACGCUGGCUUGCAAGACUUCAGCGCAAGCAGGUGCCGACUGGAGUGCACGGCGACGUUGCCAACCUCGAUGGAUGCCAGGCGUUUGAGGGCAAAGACACGUUCAAGUGUCCGGAUGGCACCACGAGGUGCAAGAUGUACACGUCUGACCGGUUCAUCGAUGACAAGGUUCAUGGCGUGACGGGCGAGGGCGUCGGCGUCUGGAUGAUCAUGCCCGGCAAUGCAUAUGAGCACUCCUCCGGUGGCCCCUUUAUGCGAGACAUCAACUCGCAGAGCGGCGGAGACCAGGAGCUGUAUUGGUACAUGAACAGCGGCCAUGUCCGCACCGAGCCUUGGCGGCUCGGUCUCCUAGGCCCCUACGCGAUGCGCUUCACAACCGGCGAAAAACCAUCGGACGACCUCGACGUGUCCUUCUUCGACUCUUUGGAUAUCAAGGGGUACGUGGCGGACAGCGGACGAGGGAGCGUUUCCGGUACAGCGGGCGGCGUUGCAGGUGACUUCGAGACGGUGGUCCACUGGUUCAAUGAAGAUGCCCAGUACUGGACCAAGGCAACCGACGGGAAAUUUACGUCUCCUCUCAUGAAGCCGGGGACGUACACAACAAAGGUGUACCGCAACGAGUUCCCCGUCGCCAACGGCACAGUGGUCAUCACGGCCGGCGGCAAGGCCACCCAAGACAUUGCAUCGACCGAGUCCAAGCCGUCCGUCAUCUGGCGCAUUGGCGAGUUUGACGGGCGGCCGUCCGAGCUGAAAAACGGCGACAAGAUUGAGCGGAUGCAUCCGUCCGACACCCGCAUGGCGCCUUGGGGAGGCGAGUUCACCGUGGGAAAGUCGCAAGCCAACGAAUUCCCAAUGGCUUUGUUCUCCAAGGUCGGGGGGAAUGCCACCGUCCAGUUCGACCUGACCGCCGAUCAGUUGCAGGGAGUGACUCUUCGCGUGGGCACUACGCUGUCUUUCAAGGGCGGCCGGCCGAACGCCAGAAUCAACGACUGGCAGGCGCCUGACCCCGGCGCUCCGACGCUGAUCGACUCUCGCGGGGUGACGCGGGGCGCUUACCGUGGGUUCGGCGACGUGUAUACCUGGGACGUGCCGGCCGGUGAGCUGAAGCAGGGCGCCAACACUCUCACGCUGGGGGUUUUCGGGAACGGCGACAAGGAGUUUUUGAGCGCAAACUACGUCAUUGACGCGGUCGAGCUGCAGGGCAAAGCAGGAGCCGGCAGCCCUUGA